AUGAACAACAAUACUCUAAUGAACUCUCCAAGAAAACCCAUUAUCCUAGAUGAAUCUGAUUCAAAAGUGCCACAUGAAACUACAAAUACUGUAACUAAAACUCCUUCGGUAGAAAAUUUAAAUCAAUUCACAAACAAUGAAAUCAAACCUUUGAUUCAAAAAAUAGAUAUAAUGAAACACAUUAUCUCUACCAUGGCUGGUAAAGAUAAAUUAGCUAAAAUUAUUAAAUGUAUAAUCGAUCUAAUAAGAAUCUACAUAUUAUCCCCUAACAAAAGUAAUAUAACUCAUAAACAAAAAUUCUCACCUUUCAAACUUAUCAUAUAUUUUGCAGGUUUGAUUCGUUCUGUUCUGUCUGUUUCAUCCAGUCAAUGGGUAAGUCAACAAUUAAGUAUAUUUAGAUAUGCAUUGAGAUUUGGGGGUACACCAUUCCGUGUUAUUGAUUUUGUGAAUCGCUUGGCAAAUCAAUAUGAAAAGCAUGGAUUAUCUUGGGAAGAAUGGAAUAAGUAUCUAGUAAAGACAGAUACUUUACAAAAUAUAGUUGACAUUUAUUAUAGAGUGUUUGAUGAAUUAGACUUCCUAUAUAAAUUGAAAAUACUAUCUAACAAAAAAUUAUAUCCCAUUGUAGUGAAGCAUGAAGCCAUAUCAUGGGAAUACGAUAUUUUGUUAGGUCUUCAGAAAAAUUGUAAACUAUUAAAAGAAAAUAGACAAAAACAAAUUGAAUUGAAUCUCAAAUUACAAACCCAGAAUUUAUUAUUGGAUUCGCCAGAAAAUUCAACACAAUCUUCUUUAUCACAAGAGUUCGCUUUAUUUGAAAAAGCAGGAGCAAUGAAAAAUCUAUUAAACGAAUUGAAGUAUGAACAAAAAUUGAUUAAGUUAGAUCUUGCUAGAUUAUCAAUGGAUCUUCUAGCAAAUUCUUCUGAUCUUUUCCAUUGGGAUAGAUUUUUACCAAAAGGUAGUUAUGCAGCUUUAUCUUUGGUAUCAGGUUCAUUCAAUAUCUAUAAAUAUUGGUGUGUAUCCAAAAAACAAUUAGAAAACAAAUAA